UUGAUCUAUCUGCAUGCGUUCCUCUUGGAUCUACCCGUGUUUACCUAAUGCUUUAAUGAAUACCGUUCAAUUUUACUCUUUUGGUUAUCUGACAACCACAUGAUGAUGGAAAGUCGAGAAACCAGUAAGCAGAAGAUAAGCCACCACAAGCGAGGGAACCAAUCAAUUCUUGAACGAUAAGCCACCUGUUCACAUGUUAUUCCCACCUUAUAUCAUCACCCAUGUCUCUUCUCGAUAACUUUGCAUUUAUUGCUUGCUUAUCACUCACCUCACCCAUACUUUGUCAAACUACGUACCCUGGUCUUUCAAACCCAACCAACCAACCAACCAACCCAAUGACUUCCACCCCAGACACCGUCGAAUACAAGGGGACUUGCCAUUGUGGCCGGUUCCAAUUCAAAUUACGUCUCUUCCGCCCCUUGGAAGCAGUGCAUGCAUGUCAUUGCACACUCUGUGCCAAGAAGGGGUACCUGUGGCUAUUCCCUGCUGAACAAGAAUUUCAAGUAACACGGGGGGCUGGGGAGCUGGUUUGCUACGACUCUAGUAAUGGGGGUCAUGAAGAGCAUAUGUUUUGUCCGACUUGUGGGACGGGGCUAUCGGUAAGGGGACAUCAGAUGCCGUCGGGGGAGGUUGGGAUGGGGGUAAAUGUGAGUGACUUGAUUAGUAUGUUCCCAGGGGAUGUUAUGUAUUGAUUGACUGCUACUCGAUGAAGGCGCGGGCGUUGGUGGGAGUUAAUCCGUUCAAGUUAAGGGUUGAGAGAUCUACACCGGUAGCUGCCACUGCACCGCAGUCCGCCUGUCCGUCCAAGCCAAACCACUACCGGAGAUUGAAGUGAAGGAGGAUA